AUGAAGCUCUCUGGCGGCACCAUUAGGCGUAGCAUUAGAGCCUUCGUCGAGAUGCCGACCAAGAACGGCUUUCUGUCCGAGCCGUUCCCGACGAGGGGCAAACCUUCGUUGUCCAGCUCUCACGUGAACGUAAAGGGCUCCGUCAUGUCCUUCGAGUGGUCGUACGCUUGCUGGCGAAUCCACCUCUUUAAGUCCUCGACUCGCUCCUCCAGCGGGGUAGCGAAUUUGCGGGCCAGCGCGUGGAGGAGACCGUGUUGUGCUCUCCGGAGUCGUAGAUGGACGCGUGCUCGGACUCCAAGCACGUGA